UGUCAGUCAGCGCGCUUCCUGCUUCGCGGUGCGGUUUGUUAUUGAAGCGUAGCUCCUUUAAACUCGAAGGGAAAUGUUGACGGUGUGAGUUGAUGAAGUUGCAAUAUAGAAAACACGCUUCGAGAUGUCAGGGGCCCACGAGCAGAACAGGAAGCGACGCACCCCCAAAACGUUCUUGGUCUCGACCGGCCUGAAGGUCCAGGACCAGUUGGAAGGAACCAUUCGGCUCCAGCGGGGUUGGAUCUGCCAUGAGCAAGACGGGGCGAAGAGCAGAGGGGACUCUCUGUGGGUGAAGGUGUUGGACAAUGGUGUGGUGGUAAAACUAGAGAGGAAGUUCCUCCAUGAAGUCCCAACUGACCUCAGCGGCCUGCUGGAGCCUGUAGCUGACCCUGAACUCCGCCUCAAACUCCUCAGCAAUCCGGGGAAGUUACAGCAGCUGGUUAGUUUGUCUAUGGAUGCUUUACUUUGGGUCCAAAUAGGCCCUCAGGACGAGCUGGCCGAGGCAGAGCUGAAAUACAUUGGGCCUCUUACUAGAGGGAGUAAUGCUGUGCACUUUGGUGUGCAGCUCAAGGGUUCAGCGGCCGGUAAAGGAGACAGCAACGGUUCCUUCAGAGGUCACCGGCUCUUCAGCUGCCCUGAAGCCUGCGGCCUCUUUCUCCCAGUCAGCCACAUCCGGCUGCGCAGCUGGUCUCGAAACAACGUAUACGACGCUCAAGAAAGAGCCCGCGAGCGAGACCACCACCAACACCGCAUCAGCAACAACCACGCCAGCAACGGGCAUCACGGCAGCAAUGGCAACAACUCGAAUCAUCACCAACAGCAGCAGCAGCAGCAGCAUGGCCGCCACGUCAGCUUCCGUCAGCACCGUCCCAGCAGCCCUCCUCCGACGCACGCCGUGGGCAUCCUGUCUCGGACGGCGGAGUCUGCACCCGUCACGGCUCAGAACCAGGUCCAGGUGCGAGGUCCGGCGUCACCUCCUCCUUUCCAUGUCGGUCAGAGGGUGUGUUUCCCCCUGGAGGAUAACGUGCACGCCGGGGAGGUGCGCUUCUGUGGUCUCCUGCCUGGGCGCUCCUCUUCAGGGAUGUACGUCGGCAUCCUGACGGACCAGCCUGUUGGUAACUGGGACGGAUCUUAUAAGACAGAGAAGCUCUGCCACAUUCCUUCCCUUGAGUAUGGACUUCUACUGCCAGCCACCAAGGUUUCCUCAGAGUCUAAAUCUCCCCGUCACAACCUCUCUCAGCUCCCCAAACCCACCACGAGGCCAGCCCCGCCUUAUGUUACCAAACCAGGACAAAUCUCACCAACUGCCUCCGGUCCUAAAGUUGCCCUGAUGCCUCCCAACGCACGAGGAGUUAAACCUCCACCUCUGCCUCCACCCAAGCCCCUAAACAAACAACUGUCCUCUCCUCCAUUCCCGCCUCCUAAACCGCUCAGCCCAACAUCUCCGAUAGAAACGGAUUACCCACAGCACACCAACGGCGAGAACACUCCGUCUUCACCGCUGAGGUCGCCGGUCUUUGCUGAGGCAGCUGGGAACGAUGGAGAGGCGGGGAUGGUGGACGAGCUGGAGGUGGGGUCGAUGGUGGAAGUUAAUGACCCGCCUCUUUUUGGGGUAAUUCGCUGGAUUGGACGGAUCAGUGGGAUUACAGAGCCGGUGGCUGGGAUCGAGCUGGAUCAGGAGCUCUCUGCAGGGACAGAUGGCAGCUACCUCGGUGAACGGCACUUCAGAUGUCCGGCCAACAAGGGGCUGUUUGUGAAGCUUCGCAACUGUAGGCGGGACUCCAGGUUCCCCGCCCCUGAGACGCCUGUCAAUCAAGUUGAACGGUGCAACUCCAUAGCGUUUGCAGAGUGGGGCAGCGAGCGAGUGGAAGACCACACUCCUCCUGUGGACGGAGAAGAGGCCAGAGAGCUGUACGAGGGCUGGAAGAGAGGCAUUCAGGGUCACCUCAACUCCUGCUACCUGGAUGCUACUCUGUUCAGCCUGUUCUCCUGCUGCAGCUCAGCAGACUGGGUGCUGCUGUGGCCCUCUGACGCUGAAACAGAGCCGAACUCCGUUCAGGCUCAGGACCUGCUCCGGUGUGAGGUCGUCAAUCCCCUCAGAAGGUAUGGCUAUGUGUGUGCCAGUAAGACCAUGGCCUUAAGGCGACUGCUGGAGGCCCAGAACAGCGACAUGGGCUUCACCAAUCAGGAGAAAGAUCCCGAAGAGUUCCUCAACAAGCUUUUCCAGCUCCUCCGAGUCGAGCCGCUCCUCAAGAUCAGAUCGAUGACUCAUCAGCCUCAACAGUGUCACCUCUACCAGCUCUUCCCGCCCACACUCCCUUCCUCACCCUCCUCGCCUUCAACCAUCUCCCCCAUCCAGUCCCCUAUCCCCCUCUCCUCGCCACCGUCCAGUCGGAUGAGGGUCGCAAGCGUCCAGACUCUGCUGGAGUCCUCCUUCCUCCACUCGGGUCUCAAGUUCGUCGAGGCGCCAUCCUGCCUGCUGCUGCUCAUGCCCCGGUUUGGAAAGGACUUCAAAAUGUUUGACGCCAUCUUACCCACACAGAGCCUGGACAUCACAGACCUGCUGGACGACACUCUGAGACAGUGCAGCAUUUGCCAGGCUGUAGCUGAGUGGGAGUGUCUCCAGUGUUAUGAAGACUUGGACAUCACUCCAGGUCGUCUCAAACAGUACUGCAACACCUGCAACACACAGGUCCACAUUCACAAAAAGAGGGAGUCCCACACCCCAAUAAAGGUCUCCGUCCCUGAAGGAUCCUGGACCGGUUCUCUGCACAGCACCCGACAGCGGAUGUCUCUGUUCGCAGUGACGUGCAUCGAGACGAGCCACUACGUCAGCUUCGUCAAACACGGCCCCCUCCCCACGGACUGGCUGUUCUUCGACAGCAUGGCCGACAGAGAAGGUGGAGAGAACGGCUUCAACAUCCCUCACGUGAAGGCGUGUCCAGAGGUGGGACGCUUCCUCGGCCUAUCAGAGGAGGAGCUGAGCAGAGUGGACGCCGCUUCGUUACGAGAAUCCGCACGCCGCCUCCUGUGUGACUCCUACAUGUGUCUGUACCACAGCCCAGAGCUCAGCCUGUACAAGUGACCUAGACACACACAGACCCGAGUGUGUAACAACACACUGCCCUCUUUGUGUUAACCGUCAGGGCAAACAAUACAGGUCCAAAAUAUGACCACUGGAGGGACUAGUUCCCUUUUUUUCAAAAUUCAUAUACGAAGGUUCUCUGCUCUCUGCAGGAUGUAUCUUUGUUGAUCUUCAUCCUGGUCUUUGCCCCUUCACUUUAACACUCAAGUUAGAUAUAUGCAUCCCCUUUGCCAUUUCCUUACUCUUGUUUUUGUUUUUUUUGUUUUCUUCUUUUGGGCAUUUUCACCUUUAAUGGGUGGGACAGCUGAAGAGAGACAGGAAGUGAGGGGAGUGGAGAGUGGGGGAGUACAUGCAGUAAAUGGCUGGGGCUGGAAUCGAACCUGCGACCUCUAGGCUCUAGCCUCUAGGCAGUAGACCAAAAAAAACAAGUACAAUUAACAAAACAACUUGUUUGCUUGUGUUUAUGCGACUUCGUAUUAUAUUUACUUUUCGAACAAAAAAAAAAGUGGCAAUAUUUUUCUUAACGCUCUGCAGAAAAGCCAAGAAAAUGUGCCUUUUGUGUCUUCCUGCACAGAGAAUGGAGUUAUAAUUUGUGCAGUUCCACUCUAAGUGCAGCAGAUGCAACAGUCAUCAUCCAGAUGACUAAAAGACUCCCUGAGACGUCUUGUAAAACCACCAGAACAAAGAUCUAAGUAUUGUUAAGCAUAUAUGAUGUUUAGCAAUCUGCAUCAAAUGCAACUUUAGGGACUUAAAUUUGGCGUAUGUACAUUCUUUUUACAGAUAAUCAGCUCUAAUUGAGGACAUGAAGGCUCUCAUGAGAUUUCAGUGCAAUAUUACAUCAUCACAACUUUAUUUCUAUUUUAUUUAACCUUUAUUGAAACAGGAAGUCCCUUUUUUUCCUUUCUUUUUUUUUGAAGUUAUUUUUUUGGGGCAUUUUCACCUUUAAUGGUUAGGACAGCUGAUGAGAGACAGGAAAUGAGGGGAGUGGAGAGUGGGGGUGGACAUGCAGUGACACCCGCGACCUCUGCUAUGACGGCCAUAACCUCUGUACAAGGGGCGCACGCUUAGACCAAUAGGCCAACAGCACCCCAACCAGGAAGUCCCUUUGAGAUUAUAAUCUAUUUCUCCAGAGAGAUUUAUUGGUAUCAGCAUAUUUCCCUAAUUUUUAGAAGAAGAAAAUAACGGGGGAAAAUGUUGAAAAUCUGAUUUAGUUAGUCGACAGUGUCACAGUUACAUUUGUCCACCGCAGAGCGUUUACACAUUUAGAUUUGUACAGAAGGAAUCAUUUACACGGUGGUUUGUAUAAAACUAUUGGAUUCUUUUAUAUAUUUUUUCGGGCAUUUUCGCCUUUAUUCAUUACCGAAAAGAUUGGAGCCAGUGAAAAAUAAAAAAUUUAAGUGCAAUAUAUUUUGUUUAAUCCUGAGACUAAAGUCAGAAUCCUGAAAAUAAAUAAAUAAGAAUAUCGCCUUAAUUUUUUCUGAAUUCUGACUUUGAUCUCAGGUUAAAAAAAAUGUCACCAUAAUUUUUUUUCUUAUUUUGCCUUAAUUUCUUUUAAAAUGUUGCCUUAAAUUAAGGCGAAACAUUUUUUUGUCUUAAUUUUUAUUUUUUUCUGUGGCCCUAAACCUCUCCCGUGAUACGUAGGACAGCUGAAGAGAGACAGGGCAGUUGGGGAGUAGAGGGUGGGGGAAGACUUGCAGCAAAGGGCUGUUACUGGGAGUUAGACCAGCGACCGCUGCGACGAGGACCACAGCCUCUGUAUAUGGGGCCUGUGUUUAAACCGCUGGCCAGCGGCGCCCCCGAACAUGUAUAGGAUUCUUAACCUCAUCAAACUCGUCUUGUUAGCUCUUUAUUUAGCGUUGUUUGCACUAGUGUUCAUUCAUCUCUGUAAAGGAUGAAUGGAACGCCAAGUCAGUGGAUUACAAUCAGAGAAACUCAGACCAGAAUUUGCACCCGAAGGACAUUCCAGAAAAAAUGCUGCACAAACAAAAAACGAAGGGAUGCAAAAUCUUAUCGUUUGAGACCUGUUCUGAGCUUGGAGGUUUCUGCAGUUUGACCGUCACUCAGUCUGAAACUGGGCCUGAACAGGGAACACGAAAUCUGAAUGAAGCUGAGUGGCAAUGAGCUUAAUGUGACCGGACGCUCUGUGUCUUCAAACUUUUAUGUCUCUGAUUAAUAAAACCUCUGAUGGAUGGUCUGGUGUUUACAUCGUAGUGUCCCUGUGCCUUUAAAUGCUCACACUGUACAACAGUAACAUGUCUGUAAUGCUGAACACACUUUACAGUUAUAUUUGCACUCCUUUAUUUACACGUCAGUAUGUGUGUACUGUAUAUAAUACCAUUGCCUUAAACUGACUCACAGAGGUUUACAUGUUUGUGAUGUUAACAGCUGCAUCAAAUGUGGACAUUUGUAAUAAAUGCUUUGAUUUCUC